CACAACUGCGCAGUUUCAUGGCCUCUUGGCGUCAGGUAUAUAAAGCGGCCAUGACGUCAGCGCAUGACUUAUUUCAAUUUAUCGUGGUGAUGUGAAGACGUGUGAAGUGAAGUUCAACUGUUCUACAAUUUUUCCAUUGGGCGUUGCCAAAGGUUUAUUGGAUGCAGUCCCAUUGCGUUUCGCGUGGGCCUGCAUCCAACGGCCGCCAUCUUGGUUGCCGCGGGCGCGUACUCGGAGCUAGCUACGAAAUGGGUUUGUAACGGUAUCAUGCAUUUUAAUUUUAAUUAGUAUAAAUUUAAAUUGUUAUUAACUUGUUAUUAAAUAUUUCAGUUUCUAUUUUCAAAUAGUAGAUUGGAAUUAAAGUUUUUAUUCAUAUUGAAUAGGAAAUAUUGUAACAUAUGUUUAAGUAUGGAAAAUAAAUGAUUUUUGACAAAGUGUAAACUUAAUUUCAUUUCAAUCUCAUUUUUGUUUACUGAAAUUAUACCCAACGUGUAUUAUUACAUGAGCAACGUCUUGCGAAGAAUCAACAUGGCUGUCCGAGUUCCUGUCACGCUGCAUAGAUUUUAGAAAGUCGAGUCGGAGCUCGCGUGACUGCGGCUGGUGUCUGUCGAGCUGACGUAAGAAACUGCAACGCGUGCGCAUUAUGUAUGGCCUCAGCCUCCACUGUCCGGUACACAGCCCACAUCUAGGUAACGCUAGGGAAAUGUGUAAUUAUAUAACCGUUAAACAUAUUAUUAUCCUAUAUUAUGUGUCCCAUAACGGGACUUGUUUCUGUUAACUUAACUUUUGAGAACAGAUGCCAGGCAAAAGCGGACGAAACACUGAAACUAUCCGAAUUACCCAACCCUGUGCUAAGACCACUUGGCAGUUUUAAAAUGAAUUGCUAUGUAUCAUGAUGCAGGUUGGUGAGUUAACUUCAAUAUAUUCUAUGUACUUGGAGGGGCCUUGAUUGCCUUGUCCAUUAAAACAAGGCUAUGUGUUGAAUAAGUUUUAGGAAUGUCACACUCCUGCUGCAUCAAUGAAGCUUGUUAAUUUUCAAUACUGAUUAAAUUAAAUAAUAUUUAAACUUCGGGAACUAUUGUGGAAUAUCAAAAGUAAUAUAAGAUUAUAAUGCAAAAAUAUCUAAAUACCAUGUCAAUUGGAAGGAGAAUAAAAGUACUUGUUGUAAACAUAGUAAGUAUUCCUGCAAAGCUUAUCAUAUAACUACUUACCAAGAAAUUACACUUAGUCGCUAAUAUAAGUUAAAUUGAAUAAAUGUUUAAACCUUUUCAUAUAUUACAUAUUUCUAUUUAAUGCAUUACUAAAAAAUAUUGAGAAGUUAUUAUUAAGACACUGAAAAUAUGAGAAAUUGGCAUAGAUCAACUUAAAAUGUUAUAUUGACUUUGUUGUGUACUAUUCACAGCUUACAUCUUGGUGCUGUGGUGAAACAAGACUGCUUAACAUUUAAUAUAUAUUGGGCCCAUGUGGAACCUUCAGGAUGAAGGAAUCACUGCAGCCCGCUUGCUGUCACCACGUACCACUAAGCAGAUGAGUUGUAACAGUAAUUUAGAAAGGACUCAUUCCUUCAACAUGGUAUUAUUAAAACUAUGUAUGUUAAUGUAUAGGUAAGUGCGUUUACUAAUCGCAAUAUUGCCUACAUAAUAGUCAAUUUUCGUAUAAAGUCAGUUAAGCAAUCAUCUAGAGAUUAAAAUAUUUUAAAUUUUGUAUGAUAAAUUUAGUGUACAAUUUUUACUAUAUACAUCUACUGGACAAAUUAAAUUCCUUUAUUAAAUUGAAUCUUCACAAAGCUUUGAAUUGUUAGGGCCUAUAAAGGUUUUCUUUAAGAAUUUUUCAGAUCAAAUCAAAUUUUUAUCACUGUAUCUGUGAGUUCCUCAUAAAUAAAUAAAGAAAUACAUUUCAUCAAUUCAUAUCAUCAAGAUUCUACUUACAAUUAAAUGGUGUACUGCAAAAUAUCUAAUUGUGUUGAACAAGCUGUUGCACAAGGAACUUUUAAACCUUCACUGUGGGCUAUGUACUGGUUUUGGACCAUAAUAUGAAAAUGAUGACUUACCUUACAUUAUGCAAAAAAUUAACUCUUUCUCCAAACACUCAUUAUAUGAGCUAAAAUUGGCUGGUAUGAAUUUUUUCUGAUUAUGAUUUGCUGGAUAUGAAGAACACAAAGUAUUAUUGCCUCAUCUAUGGAGACAAAAUCUGAAUAUUCACUGUUGUAUGAGCUUAUAUUUGCUGACAUUAGAUACUUUCCUAUGAUUGAGAUUUGCUGCUGCUGAAGAAACCAUCGUAUCACAUCAUCUAUGUAGGCAAAAUCUGAAUAUUUAGUACUGAAGUCUAUUAAUUAAACAUAAUUUAUGUGAAAAUGACCCAUCUGUGAUCAUGGUGAUGAUUCCUACACUGCAGUGCACACCUGUACUGCACUAUGAAAAUGUCUGGAAAGCUUGACAAGUUUUUGUAAUAUUUGAGAUCCUGAUAAGCUGAACAUUAGUCUGAAGCCUAGAUUGAGAAGUGGAUCUUGCUGAGGGUUAACAGGAGCGCAGUCUGUGGUACCUACUGUACCUAUACAGUUGAUAAUCUUUAAUUUCAGACAUCAUAAGUAGGUACUAAAUAUAAUUUUGUGACAUCUUCCAAUGUAUUUUGCUAAUAUAUGAACAAUAUUGAUUACAAUGACAUACAACAAGAAGUACUUACAUAAUUAAUGCGAAUUAAUUAUUAUUUUCAAUAAGAGAUGAGUGACUAUAAGGGAAGAAGUGAGAGGUAUGUACUGACUGCUGAUAAACAUUGUAAUCUUGUUGUCUUAAAUACGAGAAUCUUUCUUUUUGAUUUAAUUUUAAUACUUACUCUGCUAGGUAAACAUUUUAGUAGCAUAGAUAAUAUUCGGAAAGCUUGCAAACCAAAACAAUGGACGGGCCGGUUUUCUUUAACCAGUUCGUGUUGAACACAUAUAACAUUUAUCAAAUCUUUGGUGAAUGGUUUUCUUGCCACCGCCUUCAAGGAUCUAAAUGUUUCAUUGGAAUAAAGGCAACAGAACUGAUGUUGCAGACACCUAGAAUAAAACACAAUAAUAUAGUUGCUAUCAUUUGCACGUGUCAGAAUAUGCUGCAAUGCAUUAAAAAAGGAGGCCUAAAUUAAUGGAGAAAAGGUACCAUUUCAACUAAUUAUAAACAUUAUGUUGACUUCAAUUAUUUAUUACAUUCCUUUUGUAGGCAUACUUUGUUAUAGGUUAAAACAAUUGCAGCUAGAUAUAUAUUACAUACAUACAUAUAUAGUAGGAACUAUUACCUACCACGUACAAUAUUUUGUUUUAAUGAUCAAUCAAAAAAAAUGCUCCACAAUUUUUUUUACUGAUUUAACAAAUAAAAUAUGGUUUCUAUGUAUAACGAAGAACUUUCAAGAAGAGGAAUUUAAAUUUUGAAUUAGAUUAUUACUAUAUAAUAAUCGGCAUUAUAGCUAAGAUUGCAAUGAAGUAUCUAUCUACAUAAAAUAAAAAUACUAUAACAAGACAACUAUUCUGGAACAAAUGAAAAGGUAGGUCAGUGUGAUAUAAGACCAAUGUGAUCUUGGGGGGCUGUAUGUAGGUACAUACUAGACACGAUUUUUAUAUUCUUAUACUUGUACAUAAGUAAAAUAAUAUUAAGUAUUCAUGUAUAGUGGAUGUUUCUGUGAGUCUUGCAGCCAAAUCGAUGAAUAACUUUGCUCGUCUCCCGUCAGAUAACUGGUGUCAUCGAAAGUUUUCUGCAGCUAGCUACUAAUGCUGCUUCUUAUUACUGUUACCAGUCCCAACAGCGCUGAACAUAAAAUGAACUACCUACGUUUACUCGACACCAACCAUGUGGAGUCAUACCAACAUUCGAUAUGCAAGUAAAUUUGGAAUGGACAAAAGGUACAUUUGACGAUUUAUGCAUAAAAACUAAUUUGUAUUUAAUUUUGAAGUAAAAACAGUUUCAAACUAUAUACAUAUUACAUACUCUAUAGUAGGAACCAUUACCUACCUCGAAUAUUUUUAUUGAUCAAUCAAUAAAUUGCUCUGGACAUAUUUUUCCUAAAUAACAAACAACUAUCACAAACAGAAAUUUAAAUUUUGUAUAUAAGUAUAAAAUAAGAUUGCAAUGAACUACCUAUCUACAUUUAAAAUUAAAAAUUUUGAAUAACUUCAAAACAUAAGCCUGAAAGUUCUGAAUAACUUAAAAUAAACAGAAGGUAGGUUGAUGUGAUGAUAUAAGAUAAAUGUGAUUUUUCGAGGUAGAUACCAUACUAGACUGGACUUUUAUAUUAUAUAAAAUUAUAUCUAUCUAUGGUGGAUGUUUUGUGCACUCCUGUAGCUAUAUGGACGAAUAACUUUGCUCGACUCCUGUCAGAUAGCUGGUGUCAUCGAAAGUUGUCUGCAGUUACUGCUGUUGCUGCUUAUGACUAAUCUGUCUAAAAGCGCAGAAAUUAAAAUGAUCAACAUACCUACGUUUACACGUCCAGUCAUACCUAACAACUUUCACUGUGCAAGUAAAUUUGAGACCUAAAGGAAUGGAUAAAAGGUACAUUUGACUAAUUAUCUAUGCAUCAAAACUGUAUAAAGCCCGGUAUCCACCAAAGCGGAGAGGAGAGAGAGAGAGAUUUAUUUCGUUAACCAAUCUGAUUUCGUUAAUUCCAAUAUCUUGGGUGGAAAUUGAUCAAGCGAAGAGGAGAGAUGUUUAAUUUUUCUUUAGAAUUUUGAGCCGCGUGCAGCGAUCAAGUGUCUCUGCAGAGCGGAGAUGCGUGUAGGCAAGGGGGCCCGCCCCCUUCCCGUCUGCCUUCUCCCCGCGCCUCGCAUACCCGAAAACGUUGUUAAAAGCACAGCACAUCUCUCUCUUCUCCGCUUCCUUACAUAUAACCUGACAGAUUCGCGGCUUAUCUCCUCUCCACUUUGGUGGAUACCGGGCCAUAUGCUGUUGCGUGUAUUUUAGUUUCUAUUUGUAGGUAACUACCUAAUUAAAUUACACAAGUGUGUAAAUAGUCUUUGUUAUGCUAUUAUUAUGUUGUUGUUAAGGUUUGCAUUGAAUCAUAGAAUUUGAACCACCUUGAAUAAUAUCUGUAAAAUAUGAAUUAUGAUAACGUGUAUUUACAAUAUUGCACUGCAGUUUUUCCGAAAUGAUAUUACUUAUUAACAACAAUAAAACCAAAAAUACUUGUAUCAAUAUAGACAAUGGCAGAAGAUUACUAUAAAUAUCGCAAAUAGAAAAAAAUGCAGUUAAUAAUAUGUAUUUCAAACUAUAAAACAGUGCCUGCAAGAUAUAAUGAAUGAUAACUAUUCCGGAACAAGUGAGAGGUGUAAUGUGUGAGUGACCAACAUAGCAACAUGUCCCAUGUUACAAAUCAAGCCGACGAAUAAUAAUAAUAUUAAAAUGUUUAACAAUUAUUACGGUAAUUAUAUUUUCCCCUCAUAAUAUAUUUAGGCAUUGGGAAGACCUGGACACGUGGGAUUUCUAACUAGGUAUACCCUAGAUAGAAUACAAGAAAUAAAUUAUCCACAUAUUGGAAAUACCUACUGCUGAGGUUACUACACACCAUGUAUCUACCUACAAUUAUUAUAAAAAUAUUCCUGCAAGCGAUUGAGUGAUGUUUUUUGCUGUGGACUUUCGGGACCGAUGAUAAACAUGGCUGAUUUUUGCAACCUGGGUUAAGGAUAAGUGUUCAGGCUUUGCAAAAGUAGAAACAUAUAUGAAUGGCGUCACGAAUGGAAUAAAUACAUUACUACAGUGAGAAAUAUUACGGUACCUAUCCGAUAUCGCUUGAUAAUCUAGGUAUGCCUAUGUAAUAUUUAUGUAUGCGAUUGUCGCGUUACGCACACGAAAAAAGUAGAUUCCACUACAAAGGCAAAAAAGUAAAUGAAUGUUACACUAAUUCAACUUGUGCGUCAACACUAUUUAUAUUUGCAUGGUUAUGUCAGCAUGAUUAACUGUGCAUGAUUGUCAUCCUCUUCUUAACAGGUAAUCGACGUUAAGAAGAUCGACGCCUCAAAAAAUGACGUCACCGUAUCGUCAUCAUAUAACAUAUUGCCCCUCUUCACUCUAGGAGUCGCAUGUUUAGGAAAGUCAUCAUUGUCAAGACUGCAGCUGGCUCCAUAAGAUGCAGCGGUUUUAACUCACCACAAUUACAAUAUUACUACAUACAACGAAACAGCCAGCGGUGCUAAAGUUAGUCUGUAAACCGGCGUUACUACUAAUGCUUGUCAACAGCCCAAUUAACUAUUCAAGUGAAUGAUUCAUAGACAAGCGGCAAGAUCUACGGAAAUUUAGAUGAAAUGAAGAACCUGAUGGCAGUGAUCAGAAACUUGUAUUUACAGUAUGAAAGCGGGCCCGGCAUUACUACAAGAGUACUUUUAUUUAUAAGCCAUUUCCUUAUAGAAUAGGGGUACUCAUACAGCCGGCGUCACCUCUUGAAUACCAGUAGCUGCGAAUGCAAGCAGGGGUCUACUUCGCGAGGUGAAGCUGUGGGGUAGCCUGACAUCGGGUUUUUCCUUCAUUACGCGAUUAUAAGCUAGCAUCAGCUCCUCUGGCGAAACUUUCAAACAUUGCUCUUCGAACAGCGGGUGGUCUGCUUCACAUCCCUAUAUGAAGCUGCGGAUGACCUACACACGUCUGGUAUCACCUUCACACCAUAAGUUGAACUAAGAGUGGACUAUCAACUGGUAUCAGCUGGUUCUGCUUGUCAACAGCAGAUGUACACUUAGUGAUACCUCGGUUGACGCUACAUAUUGUAUACUUUUUUUUAUAUUAGCCUAUUUUUUCUAAAAUUGUUCGUAGACUGAAAUUAAAAUAACACAGUAGGUAUAGUUUCAUAAUAUUAUGUAUUGCGAAAUUUGAUAGCCGAUGGGUGACUUGGCUUUAACGGGAGGCUUCGCCUUAGGGGUUUUUUUAAUGAUAGUAAGGGACGAGAUGCAGGACGGUCAGCUUAUGGUAACUGCUCAGGAUUCUUGCAAACCCCAAAAAUUCUGAGCGGUACUACUCUAGCGCUCGUCACCUUGUGACAGAUGUUAAGUCACAUUUGCCCAGUAAUUUCACUAGCUGCGGCGCGGGCGCCCUUCAGACCGAAACACAACACUGCUUACACAUUGGCGAGGCUGCACUGGGUGAAUCGUGCUUGUCAGCAGGCUUCAACUUCCCUGCGCGAAAAUAGUCAGCGGUUGGGGGCCCGUCAGCAACCUCCAGCUUCACUGCAAGAUGCCAGAAAGCGGAUGGGAGCCUGUCAGCAGGCAAUACUUCACUGCGCGUUGCGAGAGAGUAGGUGGGGACCUGUCCGCAGGUUUCAACUUCACUGCACGUUGCGAGACAGCGGAUGGGGGCCUGUUAGCAGGCUUUACUUCAUUACGCGAAUAUAUUCGCUAGAUGGAGGCCUGUCAGCAGGCUUUUAACUUAACUGAACGUUGCGAGAGAGCGGAUGGGGAGCCUGUCAGCAGGCUUCCACUUCACUGCACGUUGCGAGACAGCGGAUGGGGAGCCUGUCAGCAGGCUUCCUCUUCACUGCACAUUGCGAGACAGCGGAUGGGGAGCCUGUCAGCAGGCUUCCACUUCACUGCACGUUGCGAGAGAGCGUCUGGAGGCCUGUCAGCAGGCUUCAGCUUCACUGCAAGUUGCGAGACAGCGUCUGGAGGCCUGUCAGCAGGCUUCGGCUUCACUGCAAGUUGCGAGACGUAAGACAGCGGAGGGAGCCUAUCAGCUGGCUCCAGCUUCACUGCACGUUGCGAGACAGUGGAGGGAGCCUAUCAGCAGGCUCCAGCUUCAUGCACGUUGCGAGAGAGCGUCAGGAGGCCUGUCAGCAGGCUUCAGCUUCACUGCAAGUUGCGAGACGUAAGACAGCAGAGGGAGCCUGCCAGCAGGCCUCUCAGCAGGCUCCAGCUUCACUGCACGUUCAGAGAUAGCGGAGGGAGCCUAUCAGCAGGCUUCAACUUCACUGCACGUCGCCAGACAGCGGAUGGGAAACCUGUCAGCAGGCUUCCACUUCACUGCACAUUGCGAGACAGCGGAUGGGGAGCCUGUCAGCAGGCUGCAACUUCACUGCACGUUGCGAGACAGCGGAUGGGGAGCCUGCCAGCAGGCUUCAACUUCACUGCACGUUGCGUGACAGCGGACGGGGAGCCUGCCAGCAGGCUUCAACUUCACUGCACGUUGCGAGACAGUGGAGGGAGCCUAUCAGCGGGCUCCAGCGUAACUGCACGUUGCGAGACAGCGGAUGGGGAGCCUGCCAGUGGGCUUCAAUUUCACUGCACGUUGCGUGACGGCGGACGGGGAGCCUGCCAGCAGGCUUCAACUUCACUGCACGUUGCGAGACAGUGGAGGGAGCCUCUCAGCAGGCUCCAGCUUCACUGCACGUUGCGAGAUACCGGAUUGAGCCUAUCAGCAGGCUUCAACUUCACUACACGUUGCGAGACAGCGGAUGGGGAGCCUGUCGGCAGGCUUCCACUUCACUGCACAUUGCGAGACAGCUGAUGGGGAGCCUGCCAGCAGGCUGCAACUUCACUGCACGUUGCGAGACAGCGGAUGGGGAGCCUGCCAGCAGGCUUUAACUUCACUGCACGUCGAGAGACAGCGGGUGGGGAUCCUGCCAGCAGGCUUCAACUUCACUGCACGACGCGAGAGAGCGUCUGGAGGCCUGCCAGCAGGCUUCAACUUAACUGCACGUUGCGAGAGAGCGUCUGGAGGCCUGCCAGCAGGCUUCAACGUCACUGCAUGUUGCGAGACAGCGGAUGGGGAGCCUGUCAGCAGGCUUCAACUUCACUGCACGUUGCGAGAAAGCGGAUGGGGAGCCUGCCAGCAGGCUUCAACUUCACUGCAUGUUGCGAGACAGCGGAUGGGGAGCCUGCCAGCAGGCUUCAACUUCACUGCACGUCGCGAGAGAGCGUCUGGAGGCCUGUCAGCAGGCUUCAGCUUCACUGCACGUUGCGAGAGAGUGUCUGGAGGCCUGCCAGCAGGCUUCAACUUAACUGCAUGUUGCGAGACAGCGGAUGGGGAGCCUGCCAGCAGGCUUCAACUUCACUGCACAACGCGAGAGAGCGUUUGGAGGCCUGCCAGCAGGCUUCGUCACUGCAUGUUGCGAGACAGCGGAUGGGGAGCCUGUCAGCAGGCUUCAACUUAACUGCAAGUUGCGAGAGAGCGUCUGGAGGCCUGUCAGCAGGCUUCAGCUUCACUGCAAGUUGCGUGACGUAAGACAGCGGAGGGAGCCUAUCAGCAGGCUCCAGCUUCAUGCACGUUGCGAGAGAGCGUCUGGAGGCCUGUCAGCAGGCUUCAGCUUCACUGCAAGUUGCGAGACGUAAGACAGCGGAGGAAGCCUGCCAGCAAGCUUCAACUUCACUGCACGUUGCGAGAGAGCGUCUGGAGGCCUGUCAGCAGGCUUCAGCUUCACUGCAAGUUGCGAGACUUAAGACAGCGGAGGGAGCCUGCCAGCAGUCUUCAACUUCACUGCACGUUGCGAGACAGUGGAUGUGGAGCCUGCCAGCAGGCUUCAACUUCACUGCAAGUUGCGAGACGUAAGACAGCGGAGGGAGCCUAUCAGCGGGCUCCAGCUUCACUGCACGUUGCGAGACUGUGGAGGGGGGAGCCUAUCAGCAGGCUCCGGCUUCACUGCACGUUCAGAGACGUGCAGGGAGCCUAUCAGCAGGCUCCAGCUUCACUGCAAGUUGCGAGACGUAAGACAGCGGAGGGAGCCUGCCAGCAGUCUUCAACUUCACUGCACGUUGCGAGAGAGCGUCUGGAGGCCUGUCAGCAGGGUUCAGCUUCACUGCACGUUGCGAGACAGCGGAUGGGGAGCCUGUCAGCAGGCUUCAGCUUCACUGCACGUUGCGAGAGAGCGUCUGGAGGCCUGUCAGCAGGCUUCAGCUUCACUGCAAGUUGCGAGACGUAAGACAGCGGAGGGAGCCUAUCAGCAGGCUCCAGCUUCAUGCACGUUGCGAGACAGCGGAUGGGGAGCCUGCCAGCAGGCUUCAACUUCACUGCACGUUGCGAGAGAGCGUCUGGAGGCCUGUCAGCAGGCUUCAGCUUCACUGCAAGUUGCGAGACUGUCUGGAGGCCUGUCAGCAGGCUUCAGCUUCACUGCAUGUUGCGAGACGUAAGACAGCGGAGGGAACCUGCCAGAAGUAUUCAACUUCACUGCACGUUGCGAGAGAGCGUCUGGAGGCCUGUCAGCAGGCUUCAGCUUCACUGCACGUUGCGAGAGAGCGUCUGGAGGCCUGCCAGUAGGCUUCAGCUUCACUGCAAGUUGCGAGACAGUGCAGGGAGCCUAUCAGCAGCCUUCAACUUCACUGCACGUUGCGAGAGAGCGUCUGGAGGCCUGUCAGGGAGCCUAUUAGCGGGCUCCAGCUUCACUAUACGUUGCGAGACAGUGGAAGGAGCCUAUCACCAGGCUCCAGCUUCACUGCACGUUUCGAGACAGUGCAGGGAGCCUUUCAGUAAUCUCCAGUUUUACUGCACGUUGCGAGUCAGCGGAUGGGGAGGCUGUCAGUAGGCUUCAACUUCACUGCACGUUGCGAGAGAGCGGAUGGGGGAGCCUGUCAGCAGGCUUCAGCUUCACUGCACGUUGCGAGACGUAAGACAGCGGAGGGAGCCUGCCAGCAGGCUUCAACUUCACUGCAUGUUGCGAGAGAGCGUCUGGAGGCCUGUCAGCAGGCUUCAGCUUCACUGCAAGUUGCGUGACGUAAGACAGCGGAGGGAGCCUAUCAGCAGGCUCCAGCUUCAUGCACGUUGCGAGAGAGCGUCUGGAGGCCUGUCAGCAGGCUUCAGCUUCACUGCAAGUUGCGAGACGUAAGACAGCGGAGGGAGCCUGCCAGCAGUCUUCAACUUCACUGCACGUUGCGAGAGAGCGUCUGGAGGCCUGUCAGCAGGCUUCAGCUUCACUGCACGUUGCGAGACGUAAGGCAGCGGAGGGAGCCUAUCAGCAGGCUCCAGCUUCAUGCACGUUGCGAGAGAGCGGAUGGGGAGCCUGCCAGCAGGCUUCAACUUCACUGCACGUUGCAAGAGAGCGUCUGGAGGCCUGUCAGCAGGCUUCAGCUUCACUGCAAGUUGCGAGACGUAAGACAGCGGAGGGAGCAUUAGCGGGCUCCAGCUUCACUGCACGAUGCGAGACAGUAGAAGGAGCCUAUCAGCAGGCUCCAGCUUCACUGCAUGUUCCGAGACAGUGCAGGGAGCCUAUCAGCGGGUCCAGCUUCACUGCACGUUGCGAAACAGUGGAGGGAGCCUAUCAGCAGGCUUCAGCUUCACUGCACGUUCCGAGACAGUGCAGGGAGCCUAUCAGCGGGCUCCCGCUUCACUGCACGUUGCGAUACAAUGGAGGGAGCGUAUCAGCAGGCUCCAGCUUCACUGCAUGUUCCGAGACAGUGCAGGGAGCCUAUCAGCGGGCUCCAGCUUCACUGCACGUUGCCAGACAGUGGAAGGAGCCUAUCAGCAGGCUCCAGCUUCACUGCACGUUCCGAGACAGUGCAGGGAGCCUAUCAGCAGGCUCCAGCUUCACUGCACGUUGCGAGAUUGCGGAGCGAGCCUAUCAACAGGCUUCAACUUCACUGCACGUUGCGAGACAGCGGAUGGGGAGCCUGCCAGCAGGCUUCAACAUCACUGCACGUUGCGAGACAGCGGAUGGGGGAGCCCGCCAGCAGGCUUCAACUACACUGCAAGUUGCUAGACAGCGGAGGGAGCCUAUCAGCAAUCUCCAGCUUCACUGCACGUUGCGAGACAGCGCAAGGAGCCUAUCAGCGGGCUACCGCUUCACUGCACGUUCCGAGACAGUGGAGGGAGCCUAUCAGCAGGCUCCAGCUUCUUUGCACGUUUCACUGCACGUUGUGAGAUAG